AUGAAAGUAAAGGGUCCUGCAAUAAAAUUCAAUGCAAAUCAACGCUAUGCUACAACAGCUGUAUCUGCCAGUAUACUAAGAGUCAUUGCAGAGAAAGUGUCCAUUCCAUUACAGGAUAUAGUAGUGAAGAAUGAUAGCCCAUGUGGCAGUACGAUUGGUCCAAUAAUCUCAGCAAAACUUGGCCUGAGGACCGUGGACAUGGGUUCACCCCAACUAGCUAUGCAUUCAAUCCGUGAGAUGUGCUGUACCUCAAGCAUAAGCCAAAGUAUAACAUUGUUCAAGGCUUACUACAGUACAUUCCCUGCCGUAGAUGAAUCCUUCAUUGUUGAGUAAAGGUGGCCUGGUCUUCAACAACUGACGUCAAAUUUUCACUACACCAUAAAAAUAUAUUUCUAUUUUGAGAUGUUUUUUUUAGGUUCAAAUUUUCCUAAUUUGUCUACUACUAUUACAGUUAAAUAUUAAAUUUUUAUUAUAUAAUUUUCUGGAGCACUGGUGAGUACAACAUCAUUGUUCUCCAUCUGGACACAAUAAUGCAGUAAUUUACAUCAUUGUUCUCCAUCUGGACACAAUAAUGCAGUAAACUAAUAAAUUAUUUACACAGGCAGACAGUAAGAAACCAAGUACAAUAUUGAGAAUGAUUAAUGUAUAGUAUGUCAAUAAACUAGAUUAUAAUUAAGAAAAAAAUUAUUCUGUUACAGUAUACACAAACAUGCACUGUAUAUAUCAUCAACAUAUGUACAUGUGUGAUCAGAUAUAUCUGCAUGUAUCCUCCCCGUAUUUGUGUACUAUAAGCCGUAAGGGCUUUGUCUGAGGCCGGCUGAUAACAUGUUUUGCCCUUGUGUUAGGCUGAAAGGAUAUUGAAUUAGUGUGUGUGCAGGAGUGGAGAUUUUUGCCACAAGGACAGUUUGGUGUAGUGGAUACCGGCAAUAUAAUUGCACAAACUAUGCUGUAUGUUUGUUACAAUACACGUUACUUUGGCACAGUCAACCCAUAAUUAUAAACUACAGCAUUUUUUCAUACCAAAGCAGGGGCAGUUUGGGUGGGGUGAGGGUACCUCCCCUUUUGCACAGUAAAAAGAAGGGAAAAAAAGAGAAAGAGAAAUUAUUGAUUGCCCCCCCCACCCCUUGUUUUACAUUUCUCGAUCUGCCCCUGCAAAUUUGGUCAAUAGCAAGAUGUAGGUUAAUACCUACAACUUGCUUAAAAAUAUCAAACUUACAGGACUUAUUAGUGCUGUAGAUUUUUCGAAUUCUAUGUUUUAGAAAUAACAGUGUUUCUAAAUUAUAGAUUUGUGUUGCCCAAUGUUAAGACUUCUUAAGUAAACAAUACAAUGUCUGUUAUCAAGUUUUGUGCACAAUCUUAAUUAAGACCCUGUAAUAGAUCUUUCUGAAGUGUUGGUUAAACAACUGACCAAGCAGAACAUGUUAUUUAGUGGAUGGGACCAGGAAAAUGAGUAUAUCCUGCAACCCACACUGAGCACUCAACCAUAUUUCUUCUGUGGCUGUAAUUUUGUGCAACAUGUUUAAGUGGCAAUGCUUAGCAGAAUGCUCCAUUUCCAUUUUAAGUCCCUAGGAUAACAUAUUGAAAGUCUGUUGUUACUGUGAAUUGUUUGUUAUUUUCAAAGUGUACAAUCAAGUUGGCAAAAACAAGUUAAAUAGAGCAAGUUUAUUUUGUAUGUAUUGUAAUUUGCAAUAAUAAAACAACUAAAAAACAAAA